AUGCAUGAGCCCCCCUGCCAUGCUCCAGAGUCUCGGCCAAUCAGCCGGUGUCUCUUUGGAUUUGGCCCCGCCUGUCGGACCUUCGACCCCGCCCUGUCUGUCAAAGGGCCUGCAGGGUUGGCUGGCUCACUGACCCUGUUGUCUCAGAUGGGUGUGGCCCAGGGACAUAACAUGUGUCCAGACCCGGGGAUCCCUGACCGAGGGAGAAGAAAAGGAUCAGACUUCAGGCGGGGAACCACGGUGCACUUCUCCUGUGAUGAGGGUUACGAGCUGCAGGGCUCUAAGAGCAUCAGCUGCCUGAGAGUCACAGACAGCUACGUAGGCUGGAGCGACGACCGGCCCAUCUGCAGAGCUCCGAUGUGUGGUGGUCAGCUGAGAGGCCCUAACGGUAUCAUCGCAUCACCAAACUACCCUGUCCAGUAUGACAACAAUGCUAACUGCACCUGGUUCAUCACCGCUACAGACACCACCAAGGUGAUCAAACUGACCUUUGAGGACUUUGACCUGGAGCGUGGUUACGAUACGUUGACGGUUGGAGAUGGAGCCGUGGUCGGAGACCAGAAGACUGUCUUUCACGUCCUAUCAGGGACCACUACUCCAGACCUGGUGGUCAGCACCAGUCAUCAGAUGUGGCUCAACUUCAAGACUGACGACACCAGUGGCUCUCUGGGCUUCAAGGUGUCUUAUGGAGAGAUUGACCAGGGCAGCUGUGGCGACCCAGGGAUACCGGCCUACGGCAAGCGGGAGGGGACAGGUUUCCGCCACGGGGACAGGCUGCACUUUGAGUGUCUCCCUGCGUUUGAGUUGGUGGGAAAGAAGAACAUCAGCUGCCAGAAGAACAACCAGUGGUCAGCCAAGAAACCCAGCUGUGUCUUCUCGUGCUUCUUCAACUUCACAACCCCCUCUGGGGUGCUGCUGUCCCCAAACUACCCCCAGGAAUAUGGAAACAAUAUGCACUGUGUGUGGCUCAUCAUCACCAAGCCAGAGAGUAGGAUUAACCUGGCCUUCAAUGACCUCAGCAUGGAGAAGCAGUUUGACUUCCUCAGCGUCAAAGAUGGUGGCAAGGCUGAGUCUCCCAUCCUGGGUACGUUCUCUGGUGAUGUGCUGCCAGCUCCCAUCACCACCAGCGCCCACGUGGCACGUCUAGAGUUCCUGACCGACCACACCUACACUGACCGGGGGUUCAACAUCACCUUCACCACGUUCCGCCACAAUGAGUGUCCAGACCCGGGGGUUCCAGUGAAUGGGAAGAGGUUUGGCGAGAACCUUCAGCUGGGCAGCUCCAUCUCCUUCCUGUGUGAGGAGGGCUUUGUGAAGACCCAUGGCUCCCAGACUGUCUCCUGUAUCCUGAAGGAUGGAAACGUGGUCUGGGACAACGCUGUGCCACGCUGUGAAGCUCAGUGUGGGGGUGAUCUGAAGGCUCCUAGUGGAAUCAUCCUGUCCCCUGGUUGGCCAGAGCUCUAUAAGGAGGCCCUUAACUGUGAGUGGGUCAUCGAGGCUCCGCCAGGAUACCCCAUCAAGAUCGUGUUUGAUAAGUUUCGUACUGAGGUAAACUAUGACGUGCUGGAGGUGCGUGACGGGCGGUUCCCCUCCUCACCUCUGAUUGGUAGCUACCAGGGUACCCAGGUGCCCCAGUUCCUCAUCAGCACCUCCAACUUCCUGUUCCUCCUCUUCUCCACCGACAAAAGCCACUCGGACAUCGGCUUCCGCAUCCACUAUGAGACUCUACAGCUACAGUCAGAUCACUGUGUCGACCCUGGCAUCCCCGUCAACGGCCAACGCCAUGGCAACGACUUCUACGUGGGUGCCUUGGUAACGUUCAGCUGUGACGCCGGGUACUCCCUCAGCGACCCGGAACCCCUGGAGUGUGAACCAAACUUCCAGUGGAGUCGACCCCUGCCCAGCUGUGAUGCGUUGUGUGGAGGUUAUAUUCAGGGUAACACCGGUACCAUCCUCUCUCCUGGGUUUCCUGACUUCUAUCCUCACAACCUCAACUGCACCUGGAUGAUAGAGUCCUCCCACGGCAAAGGUGUCCAGUUCACCUUCCAUACAUUCCACCUAGAGUCUCCUCAUGACCACCUGUUGGUGACAGAGAACGGCAGCUUCCCCGAACCUCUGUGGAGACUAACGGGCUCAACACUGCCCCCCACCCUCAGUGCAGGCCUGUAUGGGAACUACACCGCUCAGAUACGCUUCCUCUCAGACUUCUCUGUCUCCUACGAGGGAUUCAACAUCACCUUCUCAGAGUAUGACCUGGAGCCUUGUGAAGACCCCGGCGCUCCUCCCUACAGCACCCGUAAGGGGUUACAGUUCGGGGUGGGGGACGCGCUCAUCUUCUCCUGUUUCCCUGGUUACCGUCUGGAGGGGCCGGCGAGGGUGACGUGUCUGGGGGGGCGGAGGAGGGUGUGGAGCUCCCCUCUGCCAAGGUGUGUUGCUGAGUGUGGAUCCUCAGUGACUGGCAUGCAGGGAGUGCUGCUGUCUCCUAACUACCCAGGUUACUAUGGGAACCACCACGAGUGUAUCUACUCUAUACAGACCCAGCCAGGCAAAGGCAUCCAGCUCCGAGCACGAGACUUCAGACUGGAGGACGAUGACAUGCUCAAAGUGUUUGAUGGUAAUAGUAACCAGGCCCGUCUGUUGGGUGUUUUCUCUGGGACUGAGCUGCAGGACAACACUCUGAACUCCACAUCCAGCUCCAUGUGGUUGGAGUUCAUCAGCAACGCAGAGAACACCAGCAAGGGUUUUCAGUUACACUUUACUAGUUUUGAUCUGUUGAAGUGUGAGGACCCGGGUGUUCCUCAGUUUGGUUAUAAGAGAGAAGAUAAGGGUCACUUCGCUGGCAGCACCGUGUGCUAUAGCUGUGACCCAGGAUACACCCUGAAGGGACCCCAGAUCCUGACCUGUUUGAGGGGGGAGAGGAGAGCCUGGGAUAGCCCCCUGCCCCAAUGUGUUGCGGAGUGUGGGGGAACCAUCAGGGAUGAGACUACAGGUCGUAUAUUGUCUCCAGGUUACCCAGCUCCUUAUGAACAUAACCUGCACUGUGUCUGGAGCAUCGAAGCAGCCCAGGGAAGCACCAUCGGUCUCCACUUCCUGGUAUUCCAUACGGAGGAGGUUCACGAUGUGUUGCGUAUCUGGGACGGUCCCCAGGACGGAGGGGUCCUCCUGAGGGAGCUCAGCGGAUCAACCCUUCCGCCUGACGCCCACAGCACCUUCAACGCCGUCAGCCUCCAGUUCACCACCGACUUCUUCACAUCCAAACAGGGCUUCGCUCUGCAGUUCUCUGUGUCCACUGCUACGUCAUGUAACGACCCAGGUCUGCCCGCCAACGGGACCCGCAGUGGGGACAGCAAGGAGCCCGGAGACCAUGUCCUGUUCCAGUGUGAUCCCGGUUACGUCCUUCAGGGGGCCACCAAGAUCACCUGCACAGAGAUCAACAGCCGCUUCUUCUGGCAGCCUGACCCCCCCACCUGCACAGCUCCGUGUGGGGGGAACCUGACGGGCCCCACUGGGCUGAUCCUGUCCCCAGAGUACCCCGAGCCGUACCCCCACGGACGAGAAUGCGACUGGACUGUCUCUGUCACUCCAGACUACGUCAUCGCACUCAAUUUCAACCAGUUCAGUCUGGAGCCCAGCUAUGACUUCCUCCACAUCUAUGACGGUCCUGACUCCCUCCACCCUCUGUUGGGGAGUUUCUACGGUACUGACGUCCCCGACCGCAUCGAGAGCAGCUCCAACACACUCUUCCUCGCCUUCCGCAGCGACGCAUCGCUCAGCAGCAACGGCUUCAUCCUGCAGUAUACAGAGAACCCUAGAGAGUCAUGCUUUGAGCCGGGGGUGGUGAGGAACGGUACCAGGGUUGGAGCUGACUUGAAGCUGGGUUCAACCACCACCUACUACUGUGAUAGUGGAUAUACUCUGGAGGGAGACCCCACUUUGACCUGCAUCAUGGGGUCAGACAGCAAGCCCUCCUGGAACAAACAAAAACCCAUCUGUAUAGCUCUGUGUGGAGGGCAGUAUUCAGGGUUGGAGGGCGUGGUCUUGUCUCCCGGUUACCCUGGUAACUACAGCAGUGCCCGGACAUGUCUGUACGCGGUGACCGUGCCCAAAGACUACGUUGUUUUCAGCCAGUUUGCGUUCUUCCAGACGGCUCUGAACGAUGUGGUGGAGAUCCACGAUGGGGCCACGCAGCACUCCAGGGUCCUCAGUUCCCUGUCUGGAACACACACAGGUGAGUCGCUGCCGUUGGCAACGUCCAAUCAGGUUCUGAUCCGAUUCACCUCCAAAGGACAAUCCAGCUACAAAGGAUUCCACCUGGUGUAUCAAGCGGUGCCAAGGACCAGUGCCACCCAGUGCACUUCAGUCCCAGAGCCCAGGAACGGGAGGAGGACGGGGAAUAACUUUGCUGUGGGAGCCGUGAUCCGCUUUGAAUGUUCCCCCGGAUACGUACUGGAGGGAUCCACCGCCAUAGAGUGUCUGACUGUCCCCAACGCCCUGGCUAACUGGAACUCAUCUAUACCCAGCUGUAUAGUACCAUGUGGUGGUAAUCUGGCCCAGCGGACCGGUACCAUCCUGUCUCCUGGUUUUCCUGAGCCCUAUCUCAACAGUCUCAACUGUGUCUGGAAGAUCACGGUCCCGGAAGGAUCAGGAAUACAGAUCCAGGUGAUCAGUUUUGUGACUGAACAGAACUGGGAUUCUCUAGAGGUGUUUGAUGGAGGAGACAACAGCGACACCAUGCUGGGGAGCUUCUCAGCCGUCUCUCUGACCAGUUGUCCAGAGCCAGUGGUACCUAUGAAUGGUAUCAAGGUGGGAGAGAGACUCCACAUGAACCACGUUGUCUCGUUCCAGUGUGAGCCAGGAUACACAUUACAGGGAACCUCUCACAUCUCCUGCAUGCCAGGGACGGUCAGGCGAUGGAAUUACCCUCCUCCACUCUGCAUCGCUCAAUGUGGAGGAAUCCAGGGGGAGAUGGAAGGCAUGAUCCUUAGCCCUGGUUUCCCUGGCAACUACCCUAGCAACAGUGACUGUACCUGGAGAAUCUACCUGGCUGUGGGAUACGGAGCCCACGUCCAGUUCUUAAACUUUUCCACCGAGGCCAACCAUGACUUCCUGGAGAUUCGGAACGGGCCCCUGGAUACCAGCACUGUGAUUGGUCGAUUUAGUGGACAGGAUGUCCCGCCCUCCCUUCUCACCACCUCCCACGAGACCACAGUGUAUUUCCAUAGCGACCACUCCCAGAACAGGCCAGGCUUCAGGUUUGAGUACCAAGCCUAUGAGCUUAAUGAGUGUCUGGACCCAGAGCCUUUCCGUUACGGCGUGGUGGUGGGGGCAGGCUACAACGUUGGCCAGUCCAUUUCCUUUGAGUGCCUCCCCGGCUACCAGUUAAUGGGACAUUCCAUCCUGACCUGCGAACACGGGACCACACGCAACUGGGACCACCCCUUCCCUCGCUGUGAAGUGCCUUGUGGGGGUAACAUCACGUCAGACAACGGGACUAUCUUCUCUCCUGGUUAUCCGGAGGAGUACCCCAACUCUGCUGACUGUACCUGGCUGAUCACCGUAGCAACAGGCCUGGGUGUCAGACUCAACUUUACCCUACUGCAGGUCCAUGGGCCACAUGACUUCAUCACUGUCUGGGACGGCCCCCAGGUGACAGCCAGGAAGCUAGGUGUGUUUAUGGAAGGAGAGCCCAACGAACCAGCCAGCAGCACGUCCAAUCAGAUCCUGGUGCGUUUCCGUAGCAACACAGAGAAAGGUGGACUAUUCCAAAUCAACUAUCAAGCAUAUAGACUCCAGUUCUGCCUGCCUCCCCCGAUCAUACCCAAUGCUGAGAUCUUAAUGGCCAGCAAGGAAUUUAAAAUCGGUGACAUAGUGCGUUACAGGUGUCUACCAGGGUACCAGUUGAGUGGGAACAACAUCCUGACCUGUCGUCUGGGGACUCACCUGGAGUUUCAGGGACCUCCUCCCUCCUGUGAAGUGACGUGUCCCGUGAACGAGGUCCUAACAGCCUCCACGGGCGUCAUCAUGAGCCAGUCCCCCGGUAGCGGCUUCCCCCACUUUGAGUCCUGUUCCUGGGUGGUCAAGGUAGAGCCGGGCUACAACAUCACGUUCACAAUACAACACUUCCAGACCAGCCGGCAGUUUGACCAACUGGAGAUCUUUGACGGUCCAUCCAGACAGAGUCCUCUCCUGGUCACUCUGAGUGGAAACUACUCUUCUCCUCUCAGCAUCACCAGCUCUAACAACAAGGUCUACCUCCACUGGUCCUUCGACCACACCACCAGCCACAAAGGUUUCCGCAUACAAUACUCAGCGUCAUACUGCAGCUCCCCUAGCAACCCUCUCAAUGGAACAGUCCACAGUCAGACAGGCACCAAGCUCGGCAGUACCCUGCGCUUCAGCUGUGACCAGGGCUUUCGUCUGAUUGGCCAGAGCAGUGCCACCUGCACCCGCACCAACCAGGGGAUCUACACAUGGAACGCACCUGUACCCCUCUGCCAAGUGAUGGCCUGUGGGAUGCCUAAACCUCCAGUCAACGGUAGUAUAGUCGGGCAGGACUUCACUCUUGGUGCCAGGGCCAUGUACCAGUGUAACCCUGGCUUCAGAUUGGCCAGUCCCCUGGCCGUGUCAGUCGUCUGUCAGUUGUCUGGGAGGUGGAGCCCCAAUGAGGCCCCGCCCCGCUGCAUACCUGUGACUUGCCCUGACAUCGGCCACGCUGCGGUGGAUCACGGGAGAUGGAGGCUGAUCUACGGGUCUCAGAGCCAGUACGACGCCAUGAUGAUGCUCAUCUGCGACCCCGGAUACUACUACAAGGGUCAGAGGGUGAUCCGUUGCCAGGCCAACAGCACCUGGGACUACCCAGAUCCCCGGCCGGCCUGCGAGAUAAUCUCCUGUGGGGACCUGGGCACUCCUCCGAAUGGUAAUAAGAUCGGGACUCUGACGGUGUUCGGAGCGACAGCCAUCUUCUCCUGUAACACAGGCUAUACACUGGUUGGUUCCCGGGUCAGAGAGUGCAUGUCCAAUGGCCUCUGGAGUGGAUCUCAGGUCCAGUGUCUUGCGGGUCACUGCGGUACCCCUGAACCAAUAGUGAAUGGUCAGAUCAUAGGAGAGAACUAUAACUACAGAGGUAGUGUGGUCUACCAGUGUAACCCGGGAUUCAGACUCAUCGGGGUGUCUGUACGCAUCUGUGAACAGGAUCACCGCUGGUCUGGGCGCACCCCUGUCUGUGUCCCAAUCACAUGCGGUCACCCGGGCAACCCUACCUUUGGCGUUACCCAGGGAACACAGUUCAACCUGAACAGCGUGGUGCACUUCCUGUGUCACUCUGGGUACAUCCUGCAGGGGGUGGUGGAGUCUCUCUGCCAGUCCAACGGACAGUGGAGUAACACCCUACCCAAGUGUAAAAUUGUGAACUGCACAGAGCCAGGUCAUGUGGAGGACAGCGUCAGACAGGUGACGUCUGAAGGCCCUGGUCUUUACAGCUUCCAGACCUCCGUGUCCUACCGCUGUAACCCUGGUUACUACCUACUGGGAACCAGCACUCUGUCCUGCCAGGGAGACGGCACCUGGGAUAGAACGCUGCCCAAGUGUCUGUUGGUGUUGUGCGACCGUCCCAGCAUGCCCCCUUACGCCCAGAUCUCCGGUGACCGUCGGACGGUGGGUUCGGUGAUUCGGUUCAGCUGUAUUGGACAGAGGACGGUGAUCGGUAACACAACACGCACGUGUCAGCUGGGUGGACAGUGGAGCGGCUCGUUACCACACUGCUCUGGAGAGUCGUCUGGUCUGUGUGGGGAUCCAGGUAUCCCAGGCCACGGUAUCAGACUAGGAGAAGACUUCUCAGUGGGCAGUGUGGUGGGGUUCAGCUGUGAACAGGGAUAUGUCCUACGAGGUUCCUCAGAGAGAACAUGUCAACCCAACAGCACCUGGGUGGGCACACAGCCAGAGUGCCAUGUGAUCUCCUGUGGAAACCCAGGAACACCCCGUAACUCCCAGAUCCUGUCUCAUGAUGGCCUGGUGUUUUCCCACUCCAUCACCUACACCUGUCGAGACGGUUACUACUCCAACGGACUGCUCACACGUCACUGCACGGUUAACGGGACCUGGACCGGGAGCAUGCCUGAGUGCACGGUGAUAAUGUGUGGAGACCCAGGUGUGCCAGCGAAUGGUUUGAGGCUGGGCAGUGACUUCACCUAUAACAGCACUGUGAGUUUCCAGUGUGCCCCAGGAUUCACUAUGGACGCUGAUCGCGCUUCAACCCUGGUCUGCACUAAGGACCGCACAUGGAACGGGACCAAGCCACAAUGCAAAGCUAUAGUGUGUACGGCCCCUCCUCCCAUCCCUAACGGCCAGGUGGUUGGAACAGACUUCACCUGGGGCAACAGCGUUAGUUACGCUUGUAACCAGGGUUACCAGCUCUCCCUGCCCACCGUGCUCAUCUGCCAGGGAAAAGGCAUCUGGAACGGAGAUAAACCACAGUGCUUCCCUGUGUUCUGUGGAGACCCAGGUGUCCCGGCCCAGGGGAGAAGGGAGGACCGUGGGUUCACCUACCUCUCCUCUGUCUCCUUCUCCUGCUCUCCUCCUUUGGUGUUGGUGGGUUCAGCCAGACGAUACUGUCAGUAUGAUGGCAUCUGGAGCGGCACUCAGCCCUCCUGCAUAGAUCCCAGUCACACCACCUGCGGAGAUCCUGGAACCCCCCUGUUUGGAAACCAGAACAACACCCAAGGCUACCAGAUCAGCAGUACAGUAUUGUUCAGCUGUAGGAAGGGCUACCUGCUACAAGGCUCCACAACACGUACCUGUCUACCCAACCUCAUCUGGAAUGGCUUCCAACCAGAGUGUAUAGCCCACCACUGUAACCAGCCAGAGAUGCCCACCCAGGUGGAUGUGUCUGCCAUAGAGUUGCCGUCUCUAGGUUACACCCUGAUCUACACCUGUCAGCCAGGGUUUUACCUGGCCGAGGGGUCAGAACACAGAACCUGCCGUGGCGACGGGAGCUGGACCGGGAAGCAACCUGUCUGUGCUGCUGAUAUCCGUCCCAGUGGGAAGACAGUGGGGACAGUCCAGGAGCCGCCCAACCCCAAACUACCAGUCCCGGUUGGUGUGUUUGCUAAGAACAGCCUGUGGAGAGGAUCUUAUGAGUACCUGGGGAAGAAGCAGCCGGCCAUGCUGAGCAUUACCUCCUAUGAAGCAUUCAACCAGCGAGUUAAUGGAACUCUCAUCGACCACAGUGGGGUGGAACUCAAACUGGCUGGUACCUAUAAAAGAGAGGAGUCUCAGCUCCUGCUGCAGGUGCAUCAGAUCAGAGGUCCUGUAGAGAUCUUUGUCAACAAGUUUAAGAUGGAUAACUGGGCCCUCGACGGACGGGUGUCCUACAUUGCCUCGUCUAGUUCCUUUGUGUACCAAGGAUUCGUCCGAGGAAAAGGAUUCGGCCAGUUUGGCCUUCAAAGACUAGAGAGUUUAGACCGGAGCAGGGAGAACCCCCACUUCCGCCCCAACAGCAGUUCAGUUGCAGCAGCCAUCUUAGUGCCGUUCAUAGCCAUGAUCAUCGCAGGCUUCGCUCUGUACCUCUACAAACACAGGAGAAGACCUAAGGUACCGUUUAACGGCUAUGCAGGCCAUGAGAACACUAAUGGUAGAGCUACGUUUGAGAACCCCAUGUACGACCGCAACAUCCAGCCCACCGACAUCCUGGCCAACGAGACAGAGUUUACAGUCAGCACAGUGUGCACGGCCGUAUAGCCACUGUUUCCUCCAGAGGCAGAGGGAGUGUAAAGGCAGGAGACCCACCCAUGCCGGAGCCCCCUUUACGAGAAAGACCCUCAUCUAACUGGACAGAGGGAAGAGGAGAUGUUUUUAUACGGACUACAAUACAUUUAAAGAGAAGAAAAUAAGAAGACAGACGAACCCACUGAGAACAGCGUGGUCUUUACAGCGUGGUCUUUACAGCCUGGUCUUUACAGCCUGGUCUUUACAGCGUGGUCUUUACAGCGUGGUCUUUACAGCGUGGUCUUUACAGCGUGGUCUUUACAGCGUGGUCUCUCCUUGCUACUUUAACUCUCUGAGGAAUAUCUACUCCUGUCUGUCUGGGCAGCAAGGUUGAACUGUGGCAAUGAUCCUAGAUGACCGUCUAUCUAUUUUUCUUCAAAAACCCAAAAGGGAAUUUUACGGUCAACUUUCAGCAGAGAUAUUGGCCUGUAGCAGCUGAUACACAGGUGGCUUUGACAGGACAAGAACCAGUCAGUGUUAGCAGCUUGCUGUGUACCGACAAAACCUGGCAUGGACUAUUUCCAACUGGACCAAACUGGAUCUAACUGGACCCAACUGGACCCAACUGGAUCUAACUGGAUCUAACUGGACCUAACUGGACCCAACUGGACCCAACUGGAUCUAACUGGAUCUAACUGGACCCAACUGGACCCAACUGGACCCAACUGGACCCAACUGGACCCAACUGGAUCUAACUGGAUCUAACUGGACCUAACUGGACCCAACUGGACCCAACUGGACCCAACUGGACCCAACUGGAUCUAACUGGAUCUAACUGGACCCAACUGGACCCAACUGGAUCUAACUGGAUCUAACUGGACCUAACUGGACCCAACUGGACCCAACUGGAUCUAACUGGAUCUAACUGGACCUAACUGGACCCAACUGGACCCAACUGGACCCAACUGGAUCUAACUGGACCCAACUGGACCCAACUGGAUCUAACUGGAUCUAACUGGAUCUAACUGGACCCAACUGGACCCAACUGGACCCAACUGGACCCAACUGGACCCAACUGGAUCUAACUGGACCCAACUGGACCCAACUGGAUCUAACUGGAUCUAACUGGACCUAACUGGACCCAACUGGACCCAACUGGAUCUAACUGGACCUAUGCGUCAUGAGAAAGGCACUCUGGACUGCUUGCUUUCUUGGACAAGUACUUAAUGAUUAGGCCCCAUUUCCUUCCUGACCUGUUGGUUUUCAUCGCCUCCGGAACUUUCCUCUGAGACGUUGACACACUGUGGCUGCAGAAAGAUUAAAGUGGGAUGCGAAUAUCAGUAUUGCUUUUUACACUCUUCCUGUUUUAUCAAGAGGAGAAUCUGCUUGCUAAGGUCACGAUGUCAGGAGUAGAGGUUAAGAGCUCAGGAAGGCUGCUGGGAUAGUAAUUAGUGAUGAUGUUGUGUGUGUGUGUGUAUGUGUGUGCGUGUGCGUGUGUGCGUGUGUGUGUGUGCGUGUGUGCAUGUGUGCGUGUGUGUGUGUGUGUGUGUGUGUGUGUGUGUGUG